AUGCGCAACAGGCAUGGCCCCUCGAUUCCUUUCGCCACCAUGGACGCCAUUGAGUGGCGGUUUGCGCUCAAAGAAGCCUGGUUGAUAGACGCCACCACUGGGGACCACUUCUAUCCCCCGGACACGGGAUAUCUAGAGGUGGACUUCCUGUGUCAUCCCCUGCCGCCCACCGGCUGGGCCCUGAUCAACGCGAGCGGCAUGCGGCACCUCCAAGCCCUAGCGGAGGGAGACGAGCAGUGCCGAGACCAACCCCUGCUUUACCUUAAGAUGGCGUCAAAGGAUCUCUUCUUUUCGACUCAACAGGUAAACGAGGUAAUCCGCAGCAGCAGCAAGAAGUUAAACUCGCUUCAGGAAUUGUGGACAAUACACCUCGUUGGGGAAUACGUGAAAAACGUGCCCGGAGUAAAUGCGUAUGCUGAAGGGAGUCCUGGGUACCGGUGCGGAGGUGGCGGGAAGCAUGACUCAAUAUCGCCUCCCUUCUCGUCGUUUGUUCUGCUUCAGCGAAUCUUUGGGCACGCAUUUGCCGCUUUCACCGAUUGUGUCGGCGGGCACUACACUUUAGACCUGAGCAGGGAGCUGGAUAGAGAAGCGGCGAUGAGACUUUCUGAGUGGGGGCAUCUUGACCAGAUGUGCCUGAGAAAGGGAGAUGGAGCAGCUUCAGAAACGAGCGCUAUCGCAAGCGAGCUUUCACCAGGACAGAGCCCAUUCGCGAAACGCCGCCAAUCCACCUCCCCCCGUUUCCCUGCAUAUUAUCCUCCGUUACCAACUGCUCUUGGAAAACACGGAAUGAAGUCGUCAGACACCAGUGAAAAGCUCCGCCUAUCGGCCGCUAACGCUGCGUACAACAUGGAGGUCGAGGCUAGCAGACUCGCGCGAACAUCUUCGUCAGACUGCGAGUCGAAUAGCGACGACGACAGGAGCACGGGGUUGCCAUCGCCGUCCGUGAUUCCCAGGGCGUCACUCUCUCGCAUCUCGGCGACCGGUGGUUCGCAAGAACAGCCUGCACAAAGAAGAAAUCCCCUUGCGACCGCCAAACACCGAGGCAGCAGCAUUAGCGCUACCACGAACGCUCCCGAUGGAGCAGGGACUAUGGCAGGAAGAGGGGGAAGCAACGGGGAUGCGUCAGCAGGCGGAUCGCCAGCGGCAGCGCGGCGGCGGAGCUUGGCCGCCCAGCUGGCAAGAUGGGCGGAGGGAAAACUGUCGGCGCUGUGGAGGCACCUCCUUGCCAAAGACUGCUCGCUGAUGGAUGGCUCUCCUCCUCUUUUGAUUGCUCACAUGGUUCGGGUGAGAGUCUGCCACGGGACGGAAGACAAGACCCUGGAGAGGCGUUCAUCGGUGUACGCUUCCUCGCUCAAAGAGUCUACCGCCUGGCUCAGUCGAGGCUUCUUGGGGCGUCUCGUCAAGGUGGAUGAGGGGGCGUUCUGUACUUCCAAUUGUCAGGGGUCCCCCCUGUGCCCGGACGCGCCUUCGAUCCAGAAGAAGACUAUCGAGCACAUUUUUGAUGCAUACGUGGACAAGCUGCCGGAUCACGACUUCGGCGUGCGCAUGCCAAACCAGGAGGGCGUCGGCGGCGUCGGUAUGAACGGUCGGGAUGCUUCUUCUGCUCCGGAGAAAAGCAGUACUUGUAGUGCUACUACAGGGACGCAGCCGCCGAGGCGAAAGCUGGGUCAGGUCCUCGAAGACUUCAGGGGAGAGUGGAGCGACCUCGGCGACGUCUGCGGGGAUGUUUCAGUGUCAGAAAACGAUGACAACGAUGUCAAGAUGAGCUUCAGCGAUGAGGAGGGCGGCGCAUCGCCAGAGCCUCCGAGGUUCGAGUUCGUGUGGGUGGCUUCGGAUGAAGGAGAGGCAGGCCCGCACACGGCCGUCGCCCCAAGGGAUGCGGAGUGGGCAGCCGUUGCGAGGAACGUGCGCUUCCGCCUUGCCAGUGCGUGGCUCUCAUGCGCCCAGGCACGUGUCCUGGCAGGCGUCUUCCCAGAGAGAGCAAAGGGUACGACCGGAAACCCCAGGGAAGACUUAGUGGUGGAACUGUUCGGCCGCGUCACAGACAUUGAAAACUUUUGCACCGUUCUUGCCAUGCUCGGCCGGGAUGCGCAGCUUUCGGCCGGGAGGCGAUUGGGGUGGCUCAAUGCCCUCAACCCGCAUGAAAUCGACAGGUAA